GCAAACUAAGCUUAACACAUUUAAGUCGCCUCUCCUCGAGUGUUAAGGUGAUUAUAGUGGCAAAGAAAAAAAAAAAAGAGUAAAAAAGAGAAAAAAAAGAAGAAAGAAAAAGCAAAUCAUUUAUAUUGUAAACGAUGGCCAUGCGUUUACUACGUAACGUUAGUGGAAUUUUAUUUUUGAUAGUUGUCAGCGAAGCUGGCUUAUAUUUACGGCAAGCGCGCAACGCGCAAGAACUACUUAUACCGGUGGCUAUUAUAACAGAUAGUGCAGACACUUUAGACACUCAACAAAAUUUCGUUACAGUUAACGAAAUCAUACCAGAGGAGUUAGGGAAAUUUGAUCAGGAAAAAUUGAAAAUCGAGAAUCAUGCCAGCACUACUACAGAAACUGAUAAAGAUAUUAUAAGAAAAGAGGAACAGACAAGCAUUGCUAACUUAGAGUCUAAUGAAAAUAAAGCUCUCUCUCUUAAGCAGUUAAGUGCGAGUUCGGAAAAUGUAUUAAAUGCGGAGAAAGAAGCCGAAUCCACGCAAACCUCUGAAACGGUAGAGCCCCAUAAACUUUUGCUCGAAAAUGAAGAAAAUUUGGACCAAACUGAUAGCAACAAAAAUACUGUUACUGACAGUGAAGGUCAAGGUAAUUUACGUCAGGGCACUCAGGCCCCACCACAACAAACCACUCAGGCUAAUAUUGUUCAGCAAUUUAUACAAAAUUCACCGUUUGGUCCAUUCUUUAAUCAAUUAACCGGACAAAAUCCUAGCGAUGCGAGCAAUAAUCCCGUAACGUCGGCCCCCUUUAAUCCACUACAAAGUGUUGUUAAUGGCACGACACAAGCUUUCCAAGGCUUUCAACAAUUCGCCUCAAACUUGUUCGGUUUAAAUCAGAAUGCGGAGGCUACAUCACCUCGUCCCGGUCCAAUUCAGACAUUUGUAAGCAAUCUUAUAGGCGGCAACAACCCACCAACGCAGCAACAGCAGCUACAGCAACCUCAGCAACAAGGCCCUUUACAAAGUAUUCUAAGUGUAUUCCAAGGGGGCAACAAUAACCGUCCUCCGGGUAACUCUAAUGCACCAGCUAUCGCAGCUAAUAACGCAAGUAUUGAUAAUAGAGAGCCGGAAAAGCAAGACCCGCAAAUUACGGAACAAGAUAAUCAGGAAGCCUCAGCCGACGAAGAGGAUAAUAAACUACGUGAUAGUGCUGAAGUUGAUGAUUCUUUCGAAGAGCUUAACAAACCUAACGAAGUAAUUAUCAUAAAUGAUGACAACGAUGCUCGGGCGAUUAAAAAAACUCAAGACUAUCCGACAAAUAAAUAAUUAUUCGUCAAAAAUAUUAGCUUUUUAGGAAUUUUAGUAUUUACUUAAGGAAAUGAAUAGAAAAAAAAAGGAAAAAUUUUUUUUCAAAAAAC